AUGUGCGCACACGAAUAUAAACCAGUACUAAAGAACGCUAUUCAAUGGAAUUCACGCACUCAGUCUCUUGCAAUUGGUGACUUUGAUCGUGAUCAACGAUUAGAUAUUGUCACAGCCAAUUAUGGUGCUAACAAUCUUGGGAUACUUUUAGGAUAUAAUAAUGGGACAUUCUCAAGUCCUAAGACAUUUUCUACAGGAAUGUUGUCUCGUCCUUCUUCUGUAGUCGUCAAUGAUUUCAAUAACGAUGCUCGACUCGAUAUUGCUGUAACAAAUUUUGGAACUAAUAGUAUUGGAAUUUUUCUUGGAUAUGGCAAUGCAACAUUUUCGAAUCAAAAUAUUAUUACAACUAAUACUUCUCGACCACUCUCAAUUGCUAUUGGUGACUUCAAUAGUGAUACACAUAUGGAUAUUGCUGUAGUUAAUUAUGGUACGAAUUCUAUUGGAGUACUAAUUGGGUUUGGCAACUGUAGUUUUGCACAUCCGACAAUAUAUCCAACUGGUUACGACUCUGAUCCACGCUCGAUCGUAGUUGCCUACUUGAACAACGAUUCUCAACUGGAUAUAGUGGUUGCUAAUCAUGGUACGAACAACAUAGGCAUAUUUUUAGGAAACAGUGACGGAACAUUUGCAAGUCAAAUAGUGUAUUCUACUGGCUUGGCAUCUCAACCAUAUUCUAUUGCCAUUGGUGAUUUGAACAAUGACAAUCUAUUGGACAUUGUUGUUGCCAACUCUGGUAGAGAUAAUGUUGGUAUUUUUUUUGGACAUGGCAAUGGAAUGUUUCGUGAGCAAAUUACCUUUUCUACUGGAACUGGUUCAAGACCACAUUCUGUUACAGUGGCAGAUUUAAACAAAGACAGUAUAGUGGAUAUAGCAGUUGCUAAUUCUCAAACACACAUGGUAAGCAUAUUUUUGGGAUACGAUAAUGAAUCAUUUCACACUCAAGUAACGUAUCCAACUGGCUAUAACUCGGAACCUCAGUUUCUCAUGCUUGGCGAUUUCAAUAAUGAUCAACUAUUAGAUAUUGUUGUAGCCAAUAAUGGAACCAACGAUGUAGGUAUACUUCUAGGAUGGGGGAAUGGAUCAUUUGCAGAUCCAAUCCUAUAUUCAACUGGUACUGGUUCUCGGCCAUACUCUAUUGCGAUUGGCGAUUUCAACAAUGACAAUCGAAUGGAUAUAGCUGCUGCCAACAGUGAAACAGGCACUGUUGGCAUAUUUCUAGGAUAUGACAAUGGAUCAUUUGCGGAUCAAAUUACAUAUUCAACUGGUGAUCGUUCCUAUCCAUAUUCUAUUGUUAUUAGCGAUUUUAACAAUGACAAUAACAUGGAUAUAGCUGUCGCCAAUUAUGGUGAAAGCCAGACUGUCAUAAUUAAUAUUCCAUAUGGGAAAAGUUUCACUGUUGCUGUUCUCUUAAAUAUUGGUAAUGGAACGUUUGCACCGGCGGUCAUGUAUUCGACGGGAUACUAUUCUCUACCAAAUUCUAUUGCCGCUGGUGAUUUCAACAAUGACAAGAAAAUGGAUAUAGCUGUUGUCAAUAGUGGUACAAACAACGUGGGUGUAUUUUUAGGAUAUGGCGAUGGAUCAUUUAUGCAACAAAUUACGUAUUCCACCGAUGAUUAUCCUACUCCGUUUUUUGUCGCUAUUGGCGAUUUCGACAACGACAGACGAACGGAUAUAGUUGUUAGUAAUUCAUAUGAUUCUACUAUACUUCUACUUUUUAGCUAUGAUAUUGUAUUAUAUAAAGCGAUUACAAAGUUUCAAACUGCCAAGUAUCGUCAUCCAUAUUCAUUGCUCAUUGCUGAUUUAAAUCGAGAUGAAAAUCUUGAUAUUGCUUUGUCAAAUCCCGAGAGUAAUGAGAUCAGUUUACUUUUCGGAUACGGAAACAUGAGUUUUACGGCUGAAGAAAGCUUUACUAGCGAUGAUAAUUCUUAUCCACGAUUCAUCAUUUCUGCUGACAUCAACAGAGAUAAUACAGUAGAUAUUAUUGUUGCCAAUGUUGGCACUAACAAUAUUGGUGUAUUUCUUGGAUAUGAAAACGGAAGCUUUCAAGAUCAGAUAACUUAUUCCACUGGUUCAAAUUCUCAACCGUUUUCAGUUGUUGUUGGAGAUUUUAAUAAUGAUACUCGACUUGAUAUUGCUUUCGUUAACUAUGCCAGUCAUAAUCUAGGUUUGCUUUUUGGAUAUGAUAUUGGAAACUUCGAAGCACGCGUUGUAUUUUCAAACUCGGAAAAACAUUCUUUUUACGAUAUUGCUAUUGGUGAUUUCAACAAUGACAAUCAAAUGGAUGUGGUUGUCAUCAAUUAUGACACCUCCAGCAUUAAUAUACUUCUUCGAUUUGAUAAUGGAGCACUGAUAAAUCGAGGAAGUUAUGAAGUUUUGGGUUACCCUUCCUCUGUUGCUGUUGGUGAUUUUAAUCACGACCAAAAUAUGGAUAUUGUGGUAACUAUUCAAGGAUCUUCGAUCAUGCGUGGUAUAGAGAGAGUAGAGAUUUAUUUAGGUUAUGGUAACGGCACUUUUACAAACUCUAUCUUCUAUUUUACUGGCAUUUAUUCCAAUCCGUGUUCAGUAAACAUAGCUGACUUCAACAAUGAUAAUCGAUUAGAUAUAGCUAUCACGAAUAAUCACACAGGCAACGUGGGUAUAUUUCUAGGGCAUGGUAAUGGGUCAUUUAUGGAUCAAGUUACAUAUUCAACUGGUAAAGAUUCUUAUCCACUUUCUAUGGUUAUUAGUGAUUUCAACAAUGAUAACCAAAUAGAUAUAGCUGUCGCCAAUAGUGGAACAAACACUAUUGGUGUAUUUCUAGGUUAUGGAAAUGGAUCAUUUAUGGAUCAAAUGACAUAUUUAACUGGUAAUGGUUCUUCUCCAAAAUCUCUUGCCAUUGGUGAUUUUAAUAACGACAAUCGAAUGGAUAUUGUUGUUGCCAAUAGUAGAACAAACAUGGUUAGUAUAUUUCUAGGAUAUGGCAACGGUUUAUUUGCAGAUCAAAUGAUGUAUUCAACUGGUACUGAUUCAUAUCCGCAUUAUGUUGCUGUUGGUGACUUGAACAAUGACAAACGAAUGGAUAUCAUCGUAGCCAAUCGGAAUAUGAUAAAUAUUGGUUUAUUUCUAGGAAGUGGAGAUGGUUUCUUUUCAAGUCAGCAAACUUUUUCAACAAAUAGUAUUUAUUCUCCAUUGAGUAUUAAAUGUGUUGAUUGGAAUGAAGACAAUCGAUUGGAUCUCAUAGUAAUUGAUGCAACUAAUAUUUUCAUAUUAUUUGGGUCUGCUCAUGAUGGUUUUAUCGAUGGAACGACAUACACUACUGGUAAUGGCUCUUUUCCACGAUUUUUGAGCGUAGCUGAUUUUAACAAUGAUGAUCAACUGGAUAUUGUUGUCGCAAAUUCUGGUAGUGAUAGUGUUGGCGUAUUUCUUGGAAAUGGUAACGGAAAUUUUGCAGAUCAAAUCACUUAUUCAACUGGCUUUCGAUCUCAGCCGUAUGCUGUCGUCGUUGGUGAUUUAAACAGCGAUACACGAGUAGACUUAGUUGUUGUCAAUUAUGGUACCCAUAGUAUUAGUAUUUUUCGAGGAUGUGGCAAUGGGAGUUUUCUCCAAAAUGCAAUAUAUUCAACAGGUGCAUUAUCUUAUCCAUCUUCGGUAGGCCUUUGUGAUUUCAACAAAGAUACUCAAUUGGAUAUUGCUAUCUCUAAUUCUGCCUCAAAUGAACUUUUCAUUCUAUUUGGUGUAGAAAAUGGGACUUUUGUGAAUGAAACAAAGAUUUCUAUGGGUUAUGGUGCAAUGCCUAUAUGGUUGUCAUUUGCCGAUAUCGAUAAUGAUAAUUGGACUGAUAUCGCUGUCGUCAACUAUGGAUUUCAGAACAUAGAAAUUCUCUCCCCAAUGUGUUAA